UAUAUAUUUAAAAAUAUAGAAUUAUUUUCAAAAUCGUGACUUGUGAGUUGUGACGACAGUUAUCACACUGAUCUCCGUUGUGGCAAAGUAUCGCAUAUUAUCUAAAAAAAAAAACGUUUUAAAUGAACAAUUCUCGGUGAGAAAAUUUCACGAAGUCAUGAACUGCCCGGAACUUGUUUCUAAAUACUGUAACCCGACGAUUAAAUGGUACCAGACAGAUCUCACUGUCGUCAUUUCUAUUCAGUUGACCGACGUAUCCGACUACUAUCUCCGAGUUGAAAAUGAUUGUUUGCAAUUCAGUACAGAAAUAAACAGCAAGAAAUACUAUCUCAUUCUAUAUCUGUUUGGAUCAGUGAUAGCAGAAAAAACAGUGCACAAAAAUAUUGUGAGAGAAAUUAAGAUUUAUCUUAUAAAGGCACUCAAAUGGUUUCCAUGGUUGAGAUUGAUCAAGUCGAAAGAAAGAAAUCCACUUAUAUCAUACGACCCAGAACAUAUACAAGAGACAGAACCUAUUAGAAAGGAUUAUGAUAUAAACAGAUUCGCAAGGUACAGACGCGAACAUAAUUUACCAUGUUUAAUGCCUGUUGUGCCAUCUAGCGAUGAAGAAGAAUCUGAAGACGAAAAUUAUAUGGACUUUAUUCAAUUCGGUUAAUAUGGUAUAUUAUAUUAAUUUAAUAUCUCUGAAUUGAAUGAAAUUUUUUAUAUUUAUUGUACA